AUGAGGUCGUUAAAUAUAGUGACUUUAAGCAAUAACAAACUAAAUAGUAUUCAUGAAAGAGCUUUCGGUAUAAAUUCUUCAAUAUCGCACUUGGAUCUAGCUUCUAAUAAAUACUCUGAUAUUCCUGAUUUUGCUUUUGUAAAAUUAAUUAGGCUGCAGAAAUUGGCGAUUGGAGGUCGUUACUUAACCCGGUUGAAAGAAAAAUCGUUUAGGCAGCUUCCAUUUCUCGAGGAACUGAAAAUGAAACACUGCCAAUUUAACAAGUCCAUAAUCAAUGCCGCUUUAUUUAAAGAGCUUGCUCAUAUCCAAGAAUUAUAUCUAGAUAGCAAUAAUUUGUCAGGGGUUAAUCUGAGUUUGAUCACAAACCUAGUCAAUAUGAUAAGCCUAAUUUUAGGUGGCAAUGACCUUGAUCAACUUUCGGAAAAUAUACUACGGAAAUUAUACCGAACUAGACAUCUCGAAUUAUCAGAUUGUGAACUCAAGUCUAUUGGCUUAGGAGGUAUUUCGCCUUUAGCCAAUAUCAAUCGAUUGAAUUUCGAUAAAAAUCAGCUUCAAAAUACUGAUUAUUUCUCCUUGAUAAAAUUAUCAAACUUGAAAAAGCUGAGUGUCGACGAUAAUAACAUCGUGACGCUUGGACCAUACUGUUUAGCGGGGUUUAAAAAAUUACGACAACUGUAA